CCUUCGUCCUUGCGAGGUUGUGACGCCGGGAGUCGUCAGCGAUGUUGGGCGGGGCGUGUCGCACCUGCUUCCGCCAGCUCGCCCAGCGCCAGGCCGCUGCCGGCCCGCUCCGCCUGGGGGCAGCCGCCAACAUUGCCACGCCUGGCAUCGGGAGAACAGCCCAGAGAUGCCUUGCGAUGGAGAGUGUUGCGGCGUUAGGGGCGGGGGCAGCCGUCCUGGGCGGCGGGGUGCUCAUGAGAAACCGGCCCCGUCCGGUCACGCCACCUUGCGACCUCGGCAUGCAAUCCCGAGAAGUGCCCGGAACGGGGGGAGGGCGAAUCGCGGCUUUUCUAGAAGAGGACAAGUUGGUGGAAUCUUGCUAUGACGGCAUGCAGACUCUUCACGAUGUCUUCAAGCGUGGAGCAAUGGUCUCAAAUAACGGUCCGUGCCUGGGGUGGAGGUCAGGACAAAACAAACCUUACGAGUGGGUCACGUAUAACGAGGUACUGGACCGUGCGGCCCACUUCGGAUCAGGUCUGAUCGCCCUGGGCUGUAAACCCAACCAGACCAGCUUUGUGGGGAUUUUCUCACAGAACAGAGUCGAGUAUGUCGUUGCUGACCAGGCGUCUAACAUGUUCUCCAUGGUAACGGUCCCCAUGUACGCCACCCUGGGAAGGAGUGCCCUGAGGUUCAUCAUCAACCAGGCCCAACUGGAAACUGUCCUGUGUGACGAGGAGUCCAAGGUCAUGCUGCUGCUGACCUUCAUCAGUAAUAACCAGGUGUCCACCAUCAAAAGAAUCAUCACCACGGAGGUCAUGGCUGAUGAGGUCAUCCUGAUGGCAGAACGACAUGGUGUGCAGAUGCUGGCCUUCAACGAAGUUGUGUCCCUGUUCUUUUUUCCCUUACAGCGGUUGGGUCAGCAACAGCCACAUGAGCCAGUGCUACCCAGCCCAGAUGACUUGGCUACAAUCUACUACACCAGUGGCACUACAGGUGACCCAAAAGGAGCCAUGUUAACACAUCGGAACCAGAUAGCUGAACUGGGAGGAGCUGUGGGACAUUUCCAGGACACUAUCAAGUUUGGGCCAGAUGACAUCUACAUCUCCUACCUGCCUCUGGCUCAUGUGAUAGAGAGGAUCAUGCAGCUGUACCUGUUCACCCACGGCGCCAGGAUUGGGUUCUACAGAGGUGAUGUGAAGGAGCUGAUGAGUGACAUCCAGGCUCUCCAGCCGACCUGCAUGGCCACUGUGCCGCGUGUGCUCAUCAGGAUACAUGAUGCGGUUAUGGCAAAGGUGCAGCGCAGUUCUCUGAAGAAACGUCUGCUGAAUGCUGCACUUCAAUCAAAGGAAAAGCAACUGGUCAAGGGAAUCCUCAGACGAGACACCAUUUGGGACAAGUUACUGUUGAAGAAAGUGCAGGAACAGCUUGGGGGAAGGGUCAGACUGAUGUUCGUGGCAGGAGCCCCGAUUUCUGGGAAGAUCCUCACCUUUACCAGAUGUGCCUUUGGUGCCAAUGUGUUUGAAGGUUAUGGUCAGACUGAGGUUUCUGGAUCAGGUACAUUCACCAUCCCGGGGGACAACUCAAUCGGUCAUGUUGGAACGCCAUUGGCCUGUAACCUGGUCAAACUGGUGGAUGUGCCUGACAUGAACUACUUCACAGAAGACAAGCAGGGAGAGGUGUGCUUCAAGGGACCAAAUGUCUUUAAGGGCUACCUGAAUGACAAGAAGAACACAGAUGAGACCAUUGACAGUGAUGGUUGGGUGCACUCUGGAGACAUUGGCAUGUGGCUACCUAAUGGAACUCUGAGGGUGAUUGAUCGUAAGAAGAGCAUCUUCAAGCUGGCACAGGGUGAAUACGUGGCCCCAGAGAAGAUAGAGAUGGUGUACAACACAUGUCCCCAGGUGGCACAGAGCUUUGUGUAUGGAGACAGUCUGAAGGCAUCCCUGGUGGGAAUCAUUGUACCAGACCCUGAUGUUCUGAUAUCCUGGGCUGCUCGCAAGGGGAUCGGUGGGCACAUGGAUGCCCUCUGCCAGAAUGAGGAAGUCAAAAGUGCCAUCUUCCACAAAAUCUGCACCAUCGGUGAUCAGGCGGGUCUUAUGGGGUUUGAACAGGUGAAAGACAUCUUCCUGUGCCCAGACCAGUUCACAGUGGAGAACGGACUGGUCACUCCGACCUUCAAACUCAAGCGCAGCCAGCUGAAGGACACAUUCCAGACACAGAUAGCAGACAUGUACCAGACACUGGACCUGGCCAGGGACAACAACAACAACGACACAGCCAACAACAUCAACAUGAACAUCCCGAAUGUGGAGCUCAAACAGGGACAGUAGUGGCCAUCGUUUUCCUGUCCUUCAUAUCAUACUUCACAAAACAUUGCUUAGUCAAGUGUACAAAAUCUAACUACCAUAUGAAAGGAUGGUAUUUUUUCCAUUGGUGUACUGACCUCCAAAAACGUGUGUACUAUACUUUUUAGUGCUUGAAAGUGCUUGUUUGUUGUACAUUUAUACUACAUAGUUGACUAUAUCCCUUUGAAUAUUGAUGGUUAAAAGUAUACAACGUCAUGUGGAUGUGUAUGUACGUGUUGGUUGAAGCUGGUGUCAGAGUAUGGGAUAGGAGGAAGAAGGUUAAGGGACAGGGAAAAGAGAAUGCAGUUGAAGGAAUGAGAAAUGCAGGAAGGUUGGACUUGGAAUAUGUGUGAAAACUUGUAGGACAAUAGAGGAAUGAAAGAGUUUAUUAAUAAGAGAUGGCUGGAGGAUGGAGAGAUGGAAAAGGUCUGAGUGUGGUAUCGUUGCAGAUAAAUGGGAGAGAGAGGAAGAGCAUCAUUCAGCAAUGAAUGCCGUUUAGUAGGAAUGAUUUUUGACUGAUGAGCAAACCAAAGGCUUGUGUAGCAAGCAUAAUGAGGAACAGUAACUUGAGAGGAUAACCUGUAACAUGUAGGGGAAACACACUUGUUCUUGUUAUAAAAACAUCACAGAAAAGGGAAAAGUUCAUUUUUUUCAUUCACGUUGAGGAAUUAUAUAGACAGUGAGUCUCAUAUUUAAGACUUCAAGCUUGUGUUUAUCAUGUGAAACUUUAUGUUUGUACAUAAGAUGGUUUCAAGCUUGGGAGUCAUGAUUAUCUUGUUUGGUUUGGACAUGAAUAUACUGAGCAAACAUGCAGAUAUACCUUUACUUUUACUACUGAAGUCACCUGGGGAGUUAAUGACUUGUCAAUGACGUACAAGGGUGCAUGUACAUGUAACUGCUGUACUAUAAAAGCUACUAUGCAAAAGGUAGCCUUUUUUUACAGGAAUAUAGAACCAUUUGACUAGUCAAACUGACAAGUAAUGGUGAAUCACAUCUCUGAGAUGUAUUUGUAUUACUGCCUGGUUUACAUGGCACAGUAACUUUACACUCAAGCCAAGUGUACAUCUUUGUAAAUUUACUAUUUGUUGUGGUAUAUUUCAAUAAAUAUCUCUGUCUGUACGACUAGAAGAGCACCAUUGGAUGUGUACUAGAUUCACAACCACAAUACAGUAAUCUGGGUCCAGUUUUAGCUCACUGAAGAGCUAAUCACCCACUGGUAGUGACAGAGAAGACAGAUGCUAUACGUGCAAUAUUUCCACAUUCCCUUGGCUCUUUAAACAGUGAAUAAUGUCUUAAUGUCGACUGGAACACUUUACAGUAGGAUGCCAGUAAGAGUGGCAAUGGCCAGGGUUCAAACUCUCAGCCUCUUGUCUUACCCCAGGGUUGCUAACAUGCCCACACAUUUUGAUGACCUAUUGGGCCAAUGCACACACAUUUUGAUGACUCAAAUGACCCAGGUACACACAUUGUGGUGACCCAAUGGCCCAGGUACAUGUAACACAUUUUGGUGACCCCAUGGCCCACAUGUACACACAUUUUGCUAUGGUGACCCAAUUGGAUCAGGUGCACACACUUUGGUGACCCAAUGACUCAGGUACACACAUUUUGGUGACCCAAUGACUCGGGUGCACACAUUUUGG